UCUCGAUCGUUUAAGUAUUUCAUGUCGUAAUAUUUUCUGUCCCUCUCUCUGCAUUUCGUCUUGCUUCUCUCCCCGGAACAGGUCUUAUUUCUUGUUAAGAAAUUGGUUCUACCACCCAAUUUUAGGACUCGUUGAGAGAUAAAGAGAGAGAGGAGCGCAGGAUGCUGGGUGCGCCAAGAGAAGGGGGCAAUGCCAUGGUUGUGGCACAGAGGCCAGGGAUGGAGUGGACUGUUUCUCCCUAUGCACCUGGCCAAGUUUCAGCACCAAGAGAAGGCGCAGCUCCCGGGCAACAGCGGAAAUCCAGUUUGGAAUCGCCCAUCAUGUUGCUAACAGGCCAUCAAAGUGCCAUCUACACCAUGAAAUUCAACCCUUCCGGGACUGUGAUUGCAUCGGGGUCUCAUGACAAAGAAAUAUUUCUUUGGCAUGUUCAAGGUGAUUGCAAGAAUUUUAUGGUUCUGAAAGGCCACAAGAAUGCGAUCUUGGACCUUCAGUGGACAACGGAUGGCAGCCAGAUAAUAUCUGCAAGUCCUGAUAAGACGCUGAGGGCGUGGGACGUGGAAACAGGGAAGCAGAUCAAGAAGAUGGCAGAGCAUUCGUCUUUCGUGAAUUCGUGUUGCCCUUCACGACGAGGCCCGCCGCUUGUUGUUAGUGGUUCAGACGACGGUACCGCCAAACUUUGGGACCUCAGGCAAAGGGGAGCUCUGCAAACAUUCCCGGACAAAUACCAGACAACGGCUGUCAGCUUCUCUGAUGCGUCUGAUAAAAUUUUUACCGGUGGAAUCGACAAUGUGGUGAAGGUAUGGGAUUUGCGAAGGAACGAGGUUACCAUGACUCUUCAGGGGCACACGGAUAUGAUAACUGGCAUGCAGCUGAGCCCAGAUGGUUCUUACCUUCUCACUAAUUCCAUGGACUGCUCGCUGAGAAUUUGGGACAUGCGGCCUUAUGCGCCACAGAAUCGCUGCGUCAAGUUUUUGUCCGGCCACCAGCACAACUUUGAAAAGAACCUACUGAAGUGUAGCUGGUCGCCUGAUGGAAGCAAGGUUACAGCUGGUAGUGCUGACAGGAUGGUGUAUAUCUGGGAUACGACCUCAAGGCGGAUUUUGUAUAAGCUUCCGGGCCACAAUGGGUCCGUAAAUGAGACUGCCUUCCACCCCACUGAGCCAAUCAUUGGCUCUUGCAGCAGUGAUAAGCAGAUAUAUCUCGGGGAGAUAGAAACGGCACUAUAUCAACCACCUCCGCAAUGAAUUUUUACGGUUGAAACAAGAUUCACAUUCCUUUGGCGAUACAUAACCAAGGAUCACUCGUGGUAACUUUCGUCUUUGCAACAGUUGCUUGAAAAUUUCUGAGCUGGCAGUUGAUGGAACGUUGACGUGCUGCAGUCAUCACCCUAUAAUUUGUCAUGCUUCUUCAAAAUUAUCUGUACUGCCAAUCUCCAGAAAUGGGUCAUGUUUCCAACCAGUCCCUGCGGAAAAAGUGAUCUACUUUGAUGCGAGUAUGCCGUUGCUGUAUGAUCUUGCUGGGUAAAAAUGCGCUGCAGGAUAUGGUGUUUGUGAUGUACCGUGUCUUGAACUACUGCGCGUCUAUCAAGGGAAUCCAAACAUUUGUAUGCUCUUAAGGUCAAUUAUUGCAAUAUUUUCUGCUUUA